UUCUUCCUCCGCCGCUCCUCGACAACGACAAGUCCGCGCACGUUUUGGCAGAGCGGAGUCAGCGAGCGCGCCAAGAAGGUUCUCAAGCCUGCCUUUGUCCGAACACCUCACCUCAGUGAGUUUGUGGGACUUCUAGCGGCGUCGCGCCUAGUCUUUUACUUCUAGCAUCAGUCAAUCACAUUCUGGUCACCAUGUCUUUCUGGGGACUCAUUUUGGAACCCAAGAAGAGCUACACCCAGCGCGGUGUUGAGCAACCUUUCCACGUCUCCAGUGCGGCUUUAGACUUGCAAACCUGUGAUGAUGGCCCUGUGUCUGUGGUGUGUCGGAAAAGCGACCAAGAUUUUAUUUUGUGCAGUCUUUCCAAGUCUGAAGGCAUUUACAAUGUGCCCUUAAAUUUGGACUUCGAAAUUGGUUCAGAGAUCACUUUCCAUGUAGUAGGAGACAGCACUGUUCAUCUUACAGGUUACAUUGUUGAUGAAAUGGAGUUGGAUGAUGAUGAUUCUUCUCUGGAUGAGCUUGAAGAGGAAGAGGAUGAAUCUAACAAGGUUGCUAUUCUCAAAAAUACCAAGAAACUGUUGGAUGCUGCUGCUGCUAAGCGCAAGCCUGAAUCUUCUGUUCAAAACAAGUCUAAGAAAGCUAAGGUCGAGGUACAGCAAGAUGAAGAUGAUGACGACGACGAAGAUGACUCUGAUUUUGAAGGGGAGGAGACCAUGGAUGGGGAUGAAGAUCUUGGUGAAGAAGAAGAGGAGGAUGACGACGAUGAUGAUGAGGAGGAGGAAGAUGACGAUGAUGACGAUGAGGAGGAGGACGAAGAUGAUGGUGAGGCUGCUGAAGUGUUGAAGAAACUUCAAGCCAUGAAAGAGAACAAGGCUAAACAAGGCAAAAACCAACAACCUGCUAAAGGAUUACCUCAAAAUGCCAAGCAGGGAAAGAAGGAACAAGCCAAGGGCCAGAACCAGACUAACAAACAGAACGGUGCCCCUCAGUCGAAUGGUGUAAGUAAGAAGACUAUUACCGGUGGUAUUCAGAUUGAAGAGUUGCAAUUGGGAAAUGGUCCUGCUGCCGCCAAUAACAAGCAGGUCUCUGUGUACUAUGUUGGUCGUCUGAAGUCUAACAACAAGCAAUUUGAUGCCUGCCAAUCUGGUCCUGGCUUUAGGUUCAAGUUGGGUAAAGGCGAAGUUAUCAAAGGCUGGGAUCUUGGUGUUGCUGGUAUGAAGGUUGGAGGCAAGCGACGACUAACUAUUCCUGCAAAGAUGGCCUAUGGACAGGAAGGAGCCGGUAAGACUAUUCCCCCCAAUAGCACUUUGGUCUUUGAUGUUGAGUUGAGACACGUGAAGUAAGCACCUGUUUUUGAUUAUCAUGCUAAAUAUUGGGGAAAGAAUUGAACUUAUGUUCAGGAAGUUUCAAUUUUAUCUAAGUUGACAAUGUGUGUACUGUGACCCUUGUCAGUACCUGAUUCUUGAUGUGAAGUGUUUCGGAUUAUGCACUUGUGUUUCUGGUGAAGAUGAAGACUGUUAUGUGUAUGUUAUUAAGCCGUUUAGUCCUUAGUAUUUUUAUAAUUGGUGGCAAAUGCCUCGCUGUCUGUAUUUAUGUAUAUAAUUAGUGUCAUUUGACCUGUUUCUACUUUGAUUGUUUUUCAAUUCCAUCUCUUGUGAUCUGGUGUUACAAAGUUACUUGAAGUUUGAUGGAGAUUUUGAGUAAAUAUUUGGCCAUGUUUUGGUAAAGCCAUUGCUUGCUGGGUUGUCUAAAUCAGCUUCUAAGCUUUUGGAUGUGUUAUUGAAUAAAAAUUCUUUGUG